CACUGGGAAUUGUUGUCCUUGCAGAAAUCAGGUAUUUUGUUUCGUUUAGCAGCUACGGCUUUGUGAACUCUGGCUCCAUGCUGUCACCUGCCAUUGCAAGUUUGCAACAAGGGAAGCAACGACAGCUUUCAAAUCUGUGGUGAAAAUAGACGUGGUAGCAACUAGCAACUCUAAUUUCAGUUGCCUGAUUUAUAUUCAUGAUUAACAACUUUAUAAAACAUAAUCAGACAUAAAGACACAUUAUUAUACUCCAGCAAAAUCAGAUCCACUUAACUAGUCAACCCAUAAACACGAUUACAAUACUCCACCAAAUCGAUGGUUCGAGACUAAUUCGCAGAAACCCGGUGACUUGUUUAGGACCCUAAUGAACGCGUUCAACGCGGUGCAUACGCGAACGCAAUUCCAACGACGAGUCAAGAACACAUUUUCGUCCAAUCAAAAUGAUUCAUCAAAUCCUACACGUUGGUGGGUUGCCGCCACACCAAGGAGGGUUUUUUUCUCGGUCAAAGCCUCGCGGCGGGCGGCAUGGACAGCGCCCCGUGCGGCAUCUGCCAUGGCGACAUGCGCCGCGGCGGCCGCGGCGGCGGCGACGCCGUGUUCACGGCGGAGUGCUCGCACCAGUUCCACUUCCACUGCAUCUCCGGCACCGUCGCGCGCGGACGCAUCGCCUGCCCGCUCUGCCACGCGCGGUGGCGCGAGCUCCCGUCGUUCCGCCGCGGCAACGACGCGGCGCCGCCGGGCGCGUCCGCGUCGGCGUCGGCGUCGGCGGCGCAGCCGUUCUUUCGGCCUGUGGAGCCACGGGUGUUCGACGACGACGAGCCGCUGGUCCGCGCGCCGAGGCGUCUCGGGGAGCGGAGGCACGGCGGCGGCGCGGCGAGCGUGGCGUCGGAUGGUGGUGGUGGGUCGGCGGUGGCGCUCGCGACGCACUGUGAGAACUCGGCCGUGGCGAGGGACGCGUGUCGAGAGGACUUCGCGGUGCUCGUCCACGCCAGGGCUCCUACGGGCGGUGGCGGCGGCGCCGCCGCCGAGGCGCAGCGGGCGCCGCUCGACCUGGUGACCGUGCUCGACGUGAGCGGGAGCAUGGUGGGGAACAAGCUGGCGCUGCUGAAGCAGGCCAUGGGGUUCGUCAUCGACAACCUCGGCCCCGGCGACCGCCUCUGCGUCAUCUCCUUCUCCUCCGGCGCGAGCCGCCUGAUGCGGCUGUCGCGCAUGACCGACGCCGGCAAGGCCCACGCGAAGCGCGCCGUGGGGUCCCUCUCGGCGCGCGGCGGCACCAACAUCGGGGCGGCGCUCCGCAAGGCCGCCAAGGUGCUCGACGACCGGCUCUACCGGAACGCCGUCGAGAGCGUCAUCCUCCUCUCCGACGGCCAGGACACGUACACCGUGCCGCCGCGCGGCGGCUACGACCGCGACGCCAACUACGACGCGCUCGUGCCGCCGUCCUUGGUGCGCGCCGACGCCGGCGGCGGCGGCGGCCGCGCCCCGCCGGUCCACACGUUCGGCUUCGGCAAGGACCACGACGCGGCGGCGAUGCACACCAUCGCCGAGGUCACCGGCGGCACGUUCUCCUUCAUCGAGAACGAGGCGGCCAUCCAGGACGGGUUCGCGCAGUGCAUCGGUGGCCUCCUCUCCGUCGCCGUGCAGGAGCUCCGCCUCGACGUCGCGUGCGUGGACACGGGCGUCCGCGUCACGGCGGUCAAGUCCGGCCGCUACAAGAGCCACAUCGAAGACGACGGCCGCGCCGCCAAGGUCGACGUCGGCGAGCUCUACGCCGACGAGGAGAGGAGCUUCCUGCUGUUCGUCGUCGUCCCGAGAGCCCCCGCCUGGGAUGACGUCACCCACCUGAUCGAAGUAAGCUGCUCUUACCGAGACAUGGAGACCGGACGGACCACGAGCGUGGCCGGCGACGAGGAGGCGGUGGUGCUCAGGCCGUCGCGGGCGGAGUCCGGCGUCGCCGAGCGCUCCGUGGAGGUGGACCGGGAGCUUGUCCGGGUGGAAGCCAUCGACGACAUCGCGCUGGCGCGGGCGGCGGCGGAGCGCGGCGAGUACGCGGAGGCGGCGGAGAUCCUCCGGAGCAGGCAGCGCGCGGUGGCGCGGUCCGCCGCGGCGCGCGCCGGGGACGCCAUGUGCGCGGCGCUGUCCGGGGAGCUGCGGGAGAUGCGCGCCCGCGUGGCGGACCGGCGGCAGUACGAGCUGUCCGGGCGCGCGUACGUGCUCGCCGGGCUGAGCUCGCACGCGCAGCAGCGCGCCACGUCGAGGCAGAUGUCCGGCGAGGUGGCGCCGCGCCGCCACGCUCACGGCGGAGGCGGGGGAUCGUCGGAGCUCCCGACGGGGAUCACCGUGUCGUACGUGACGCCGGCGAUGCUGGACAUGCUCGACCGGUCGCGCAGGUCGCGGGAGCUGACGCGGCCGCCGCCGCCGCCGCCGCAGCAGCAGCAGCGGGACAGGGAGAGGAGAAGAAGCUAGAACGGACGAACACCUCCCGUGCACCAUGUCACACCUAUUGUAAAUAUAUCGUGGUAAACAUUGCAACAAGGAAGUUUUGUUGUGUUGCAACAUUUUUGUGUUGGUGAUGUUGUAGCCAUCACGUGAUCUCACGUGCCAAAGGAAAAAAAACCGUUGUCAAA